GGAAUUUUGGGUUGUAAAAGCUUGGCGAAGUCGCAAUUUGAUUGUAUAGAAGUUCGUAUUUAUAUUUUUACAAUUGAAAUAUUUCAAAUUAUCCACAUUAUUGGAAGAGAAUGACGCAGAAUAAGCUGUAUACUCUGGCAUUUGUGUUAGACGCAGGCAGGAUUUUGUUGGGGAUGAAAAAACGUGGAUUUGGGGCAGGAAGAUGGAACGGAUUUGGCGGGAAAGUUGACCCUGGCGAAUCAAUAGAGGCUGCUGCCAAAAGGUGGGGAGUGGGUGCUCUGGAUUGUAUACAUAUGUAGUAGUGGGGUAGAUACAGUGGGUUGAUACAUAUGUAGUAGUGGGGUAGAUACAGUGGGUUGGGUUUAGAAUAUGGAUGGAUCAAUAGUUGUCUGGGUGGGGUGGACAGUUGUCAGGGUGGGGUGCCCCCCACAUUGGUACAUUUUUAGGCACUGGUAUAAAGCAUUACACUGAUCAGCUUCAAAACUGUUUUGCAGGAGCAAAAAAAUUAAAUAUCUCUCUCAAUAAUAUUUUCUUGGUAACAAUUCCUGCAGUUGAGCAGUGAAGUAAAACCCACAUAUUAAACUGCAACAUUGGCUUGUUUAGAGAGUUGUUUGAAGAAUGUAAUCUGACGGCAAAGAACUUAGGUCAUGUUGGAAUCCUCAAGUUUGAGUUUGUCGGUGAACCUCGAAUUAUGGAAGUUCAUGUUUUUAAGACGAGCAGUUAUGAAGGAUCAGUUCAAGAAUCUGAAGGUAUGGUACAUCGUUUUGGCUAUAUAUACAGCCUCGUUUUCAUGUUUGAGACAUUUGGGUUUAGCUAAUCUCACAUACACGAACACAAGGCUCUAUUAUAGCCAAAAUGACGUAUUAUUUGUGUGUAUUAUACUAUCACUUACCUUAUAUAUUUCACUUUUCUGCUUUCAUAGAAAUGAGACCACAAUGGUUCCAAACAGACCAGAUUCCAUUCCCUGAUAUGUGGCCUGACGAUGAUCUUUGGUUUCCAAUGUUGUUGAAUAAUGAAAAAUUUGAAGGCUAUUUCAAAUUUGAAGGGCAUGACAAAAUAUUGGAUUAUACACUUAAAAAACUUUAAUAUAAAUAUAUCUCUAUAAAAUUUCACACAUUGAUAUAGUACGUUAUUUUCGUAACACAACAAGUCAGGGCAUUUUAAUUGUCACAUCUUUGAGUUUAAUAGUUUGUAUA